CAUUUUACUCGCAAAUGGUUUCAAUACUUGAUCUUUUUCAGCUUUCAUAAGAUACAGAUUUUUGAUACAAACAUGGUUUUUUAGAGAUGCACAUAUCAUCCACAAAGAUGACCUAACAAGUAGUUGUCUUCACUUCCUGACAGCUACACUACUAAACAACAUCAUAUGUUUUACUACACUAUUCUUUUACUGUAUGAAUGUGUCAUUUGCGGUGCUUUAUACUGUAUGUUAAUAUGUUGUCUGAAUGUAUUGUUAUUACCUGUAAUGUAACUCUUAAUAUCAUGCUGUCAUUAUGAUUUUAUUCCACACUGAGUAAUCUGUGACAUGUUGGGAACAUUUGAACAAGCAGUAAACUGUAACUGUAAGUAGAGAACUGCUCUGAUAUUUGUGAAAUUGUCAUUGUGUGACUCAUAGUGUAGGUAGUGGAAAUAACUUGCAUGGAGUUGGGGUAAUGCAGAAGCUGACUCGGGAGAGAAAUGUUCCGUUAGAUAUGUAUGAAAAGAUUGCCCUAUAUUUUCUGAAUGAACAGCCAGCACGGUGCUACUCGUGUCUCCGCUUGAAAUCAUGAUAUCAGAUCAGGGUAACAUGAUGCAGCUUUUCUCGCUAAGGGGUCUCUGACAGUUGAAAGAGACACUUCUGUUUGAAACCCGUGGUUUUACUUUACCACUACAUGCAUGCUGUUUUGCCCUUUCAGAAGUAAACAAGUCUAAUUCCCCCAUAACACCGUGCAGUAAACAUCAGUCGUUGAACCCUGAACCCCUGUGUCGACAAGUAAAUGGGGGAGAUUAUGAGAAUAACAUUUGCCUAUUUUAUAAGUUUCCCUACACCAGUCAAGUUUUUGUUUUUGUUUUUUACAAAUCUCAAGAAACCUCACAAUUUUCCCAAUUUUCACAAUGGCAAAUAGUGCAAUUUUUCACAUAGCUGUUUGCUUUGUAGCUGUGCUGCAGAUUAGUCCGAUCAGAACGGUUUUAAUCAGAUUGCUUUUCACCUUAACUAACUAUUCAAACUAAAUGAUGAAAUAACACACAGAGCACCGUGAUUGUUGCUUUGCUGAUUGAAUGCUUCCAAAUGAAUCACUAGCUGCUGCUUACUCACUGAAAAAAAACAACACUAUUUUACUUGCUUUUUCCUUAUAUUCCAUGUCGUCUCUCUCAGAAACUAAUCAAAGCACCUCUGUGAACUCCAGCGCUUCUGCUCAUACUCUUACUGAUGCUAUCAGAAAUUUAACUUUCAACCCGGGGAGUGAUGUUGACCUGACAUGCAGUAAUAAGACAUGGAAUGAGAUGAUGUAUGUUAUUUGGAAAAUAAAAUUGGAAUACAAAAACUGUAAGAUAGGCUUUAGUAGUACUGGCCAAAGCACAGACACCUGCAGUGAUGGCCGGUCACUCCGAAACACAUCCAGAUCUCAGUCAUACCUGCAUAUCCCAAACUUCACAACUGAUGACGUGGGGGUUUACAAGUGUGAGUCUGCUUACAACGGGGGAAACGAAAAUUAUGUGAUCAACAUGGCUAUCGCAGUUCCUCCCAGUAUAUCAGCCUGGUUAGAGCAAAGGGACAAGAAGAUGGUGGCUGUGUGCAAAGCUGAAGGAGGCAAACCUGCAGCCACCGUCAGCUGGAGUCAUAAGGGAAACUCAACAUCUCUGGAAACGUUGCUUGGCUCAGAAGGAUUUAUUACUGUAGAAAGUCGUCUGGAGCUCACAGAGGACGUGAAUACAGAGAACCUGGCCUGUACUAUCAGGCAUAUAUACUGGGACAAGGAGAGGAUUCUGAUCCCAAAACUCAAAAAAGGUUAUAUUCCUUGGCUGGUCGUCCCUACUGUUGCGGUAGUCUGUGUAUUUUUGGUGGGAUUAUUUUUUGCACAAAAGAAAUUAAUAAUGUGGAGGCGAAGCCAGCAGUCUGACACAUCACAAUCCAAAUCUCCACCGACCGAGGAUGUGGAUGAGGUGGAACCCUAUGCCAGCUAUAUUCAACGUGUUAACUCUAUCUAUAACUGAGCUGCGGAUUUGUUAACAGAAAAAGCCUACACACACACACACACACCUAAAUCUACAAGGCUGUUUUUGAGAAACGAAAGGGUGUGAAACUGAGAAGCGCUGAAAUAGUAAAGAAGGAGGAAUGAGAUGAAAGACUUCCUAUAAGACAAGGGGACCUCUCAAUUCUGUCCUAAAAAACACUUGACUAAUGGAACAGGGGCUGUACCUAAUGUCACACACUGGCACCCAUGCACAUUACAUGCAGCUCUCCACUCUGUUGGUAGGUGUCAUGGGGAACGUUACUAAUAACUACAAAUGCAACUGCUAAAACGGAAAGAAUGCCGUCUUCAGCCAGACUGAGCGUGUCUAGACUACGGAACUGUGUGCUUUGAUUUUGCUGGUGAAAUACAUGGGCUGUAAUUAGCUAUAAUUAUGCAUAUUUAUAGGUUAACUGCAAAGAGAUGAUCACCUUUUAAUAGACUCUUGCUGCAGUCAGCCCAAAAGUGCCAAGCAGAGAACACACGUGUAAUUCGUAUGAUUUGGACAACAUUAUGUAAAAAUAUUAUGUAAAAUAUUCAUAUUAAGUGUUAAUGUGUAUUAAUGCAAUGAAAUAUAUUAAAAACACAUCUAUACACAUUGAUCUCAUUUUAGCUAUGCUCUAACAGAACGAAUAAAAUCACUAAAAUGUUUACAUAAGAACAAGUAAGCAACUACAAGUUAUACUUGUUUCGAUUAGACUGAAUUUGAAUUUUCCGAUGCUGAUAAUGUGUCAAAAGUUAAAGUAGUGUGACACAAAGUGUGAAAAGCAGUCAGUCAUUUAACAAUACAUUGUUUAUCCCUGAGGUUAAUAUUUAGAAAGACUAAAUGUUAAGAUGAUUUUUACAUUCUUUGUAGACAUGCAGCAAAAACAUAACCGAUACUUCAUUAAACGUCCACCUUAUGUCAUCUGAUUGAUAAUUAUCAGCACUGAACUAUCCAAAUAAAAGGAGGAUUAUUAGGGGGGACUAGGGGGAUAUGAAAAUGAAAAUGGAAAAAAGGGACCGUUCUGCCAUCUACUGGUGGAGAUCCAAACAUAGUCCAUCAUCAUAAGAUGAUCAUGCACUGUAUCACAGUCCACGUUAAGAAGUCUGAAUAAUGUCAAUAACAUACACUUAAACUGCUUAAAGGUUAGCUCUGCAGUUUUUCAGGUCUUAAAACAAUAGUCAGGUGUCAAUAUGUUCAGUGAAACCGUUUUUGCUUGCUGUAAUUAUUCCUCCUGUUCACACCGGCCAUGCAGAGAUCCCUUACGCUGGAGGGGACCCACUUGAUUUGUCGAGCUCAGACUGCUGAAGCCUCGUAUUAGCUUCAGCUAAACUUUGGAAAAUAUUUUUGCAUUGAAUGAGGUCUUUGGAAUCAGCAUCCCCUCAUCUGUGACACUGGAAGGGAUCUCUUGAUGGCCUGUAUGAACAGGAUAAAUGAUCAAAGCAAAAAUAGCUAAGCGAAAAAUGUUUAAAUGUUCAUAUAGGCGAGUGAGUAUUGUUUCAAGACUGAAAAAUGGCGAACCUAUUCUCUAAGGCUUCAAUAGCACUAGUUAAUAAUGGACAUUUGAUUUGUGUGUGGGGGGGCCUGAUACUUGAAAGCCUAAUGCACAGUCAGGGUCUAGACUUUUUUUGAAUUAUGCUAUUGAAUCAUCUUACCCUCAUGUUGAUUAAUUUUGUUGUAUAGAAAAGAGGUAGCUGUCAGUCUGGUGAACACAUUAAUAUAAUUUCCUCUCCCUGAAAUAUAGCAAAGAAUCUCACUUAAGAUUUGACCUUAAAGUCAAAGAGAUCAUUGCUGUGACCUCUUUCAAACAUUGAUUAUCGAUGCAGUUGAUUAUUGGAGAAGAAAAAUGAACAAAAGUGGUACUUUUAAUCAGUAAAAAUGAUCAAUAAAACCACAAUGAAACAAAGACAAUUUACAGUAAAUUACUAUCAAACAUAUAAAUAAUCCUGCAGCUAGAUACAGGCUUAGACAUGUAUUUUCUGUAUACACAU